ACAAAUCUUGUCCGUGGAAAUCCCAUGUCAUGUGUCGUCCCAAGUUGCGCUGGUCUAGAAAAGAGCCUAGUAUCUUUUCCCCCAAAUAUAACCCUUCUGCAACGAUGGGAACAGGCAAUUAUAACCGGCACUGGAUUGGAUCUUUCCGCACAUCAUGGUGAAACAGUUUGUUCUUGGCAUUUUGGAUCUCGAACGGCGGUUAGUGAAUAUUUAGAACCGUUUCGUUUUCUACAUCGGAAUGGUAAGACGGUGCAAGUGUCGAGCUGUCGCAUCUGCCUGCGGUUCGACGAUCGAACUCGGAUGGUAUCGAGGGAAACAAUUCUGCAAAAACCAGAUCAGUCUGCGGUGGUAAAAAAUGUUUUAAAGAUUGGCUUAAUUAAUUCGGAUUUGCUAUCCGAAAUAUGCAGAGAUUGUGUUAGCAGAAUUGAUCGCCUAGUUCAGUGGAUCAAAGACGCAGAACAAAUGGAAAUGAACUAUCGUUGUUUUGAAAAUACAGUUAACAGUAUCACUGUUGGAUCACCUGAAUCCACUAAUGACGUCGUUGAGUCGAAAUUGGUAUAUUUUCAGGUCGAGCCAAUAGAGCUUAAAAGUGAAAUCUCAGACGAAUUUAAUCAAGAAGUUUAUAAGGUUGAAAUGUUGGAAGAGCAAAUCGAAGGUGAAUUAAUUUCGCCGGAUGAUAACGUAGGAACAAAUGUAGGUGAAAUCCAACCUUCCCCCAUUGAGCCUACAAAAACAUUCAAACACCCACCAAACAUUCCAGCCAAACGUGGACGAAAACCUAAACAAAAAUCAGUUGAAGAAAAGAAAAUAUUGAAAUACAAAGUCAUCCUUAGCCGAAAAUGUUAUAUCUGUGAUAAAGUUCUCAUGGAUCCUGAAGAGUUGAUGGCACAUCUGACUCAAUUACAUUCGCACGGUAAAAAUCACAAGUGUCCAGAAUGCAACAAGUCAUUCAAACUGAUCACCUCUCUCAAUCGGCACCUUGGUAUGCACGAUCAUACCAAUAGGCCCCUAAAAUGUUGUUACUGUCCGAUUGGUUACAAAACGAAGUACAGUUUACUGGUGCAUGAGAAUAGAGCCCAUAAUGCUGGACACAAAAUUACGAUGAAGAAAAAAAUCCUUGAGAGAAACUUUCAAUGUUCGAACUGCGGACAAACAUUUAGGACCAAUUACGACCUACUCGAUCAUGAUAGGUACAAGCACCAACAUUUGCCCGGAACAACCUGUAAGCUUUGCGGGAAGCACUUUCGUAAUAGGGCUUCACUUCGGAAACAUAACAUCGUUCACGUUGGGGACAAGCCGUACGACUGUCUGCACUGUGAUGCAGCUUUCAAAAACACUACCAACCUUGUAAACCACGUUGCUCGACACCAUAAAUCACAGAAAGAUUCGGGUGUCGGUGAAAACAACGAUAGCUACGUCGAAUGUGAUGUUUGUUCGGAUGAAUUUCCAACUAAACCUCAACUGAUUAAGCACAUCGAAGAGGCUCAUUUGGGUAUGAGGCAGAAGAUGCACAAUAAAGGUAAUUGAUUUUCUUUA